CCUUUUUGUUAAUGGAGUGGCCUUCAGUAAAGUUUUUCCUAUGGGUUUUACUAUUCUUUAUUCUCAUUCGUGAGAAUAAAUGCUGUAUUGAGGAAGAGAGGAUCGGUUUGUUAGAAUUGAAGGGAUUUCUGAAAUCCAAUAUUAACAAUACCAACCUUCUUCUUUCAUGGGAUAACGAGGCAAAGAGUGAGUGUUGUAAUUGGGAGGGGGUUAGGUGUAAUGCCACCAAAGGUCAUGUGAUUGAGCUCUCUCUCAACAAUUUGUGGCAAUAUGAGAAUUUUGCCAGUGAUUAUGUCAAGCUGAACGUGUCUCUGUUGCACCCUUUCAAGGAGCUAAGAAUUCUUAAUUUGUCUUCCAAUAGUUUCCCUGGAUGGCUAGGAAUUGAAGAACCCAAUCAUUUUACUAAGCUCAGCAAGCUAACAGACUUAAUUUUAAGACAUAAUUCCUUUGACAAGGAAGUUUUGAAAUUCCUGGAUGCCCUUCCAGUUCUCAAAUAUCUGGACCUAUUUGGCAAUAAAAUGGAAGGGCCUCUUUUGGGCGAAGAACUAGUUGAUUUAAGCAACUUGGAGGUCCUCAUCUUGGGAGCGAAUAGCCUUAAUGGAACCUUGCCAUUCAAGGAUAUGGCAAGUUUCAGCAAUUUGGAGAUUUUAGAUUUGAGCUUAAAUCAUUUCACUGGAAGUAUUUCUCCACAUAUUGCAACACUAUCUUCUCUCAAAGCUAUAUCAUUACAAGGCAAUAGUCUAAAUGGAACUUUAAAUCAAGAACUGUGUUCAUUGAAGAAACUCGAAGAGUUAGAUCUUUCUUCUAAUCAUUUUGAAGGGAUCCUUCCUCCAUGUUUAAACAACUUGACAUCUCUUACGUUGUUCGUUAUAUCAUACAACCGGUUCAGUGGAAUCAUAUCUUCAACUCCAAUAGCUAAUCUAACAACCUUGAAGUUCAUUAAUCUGAGUAAUAAUCUUUUUGGUGGAAACUGGUCUCCAUCUCUAAUAGCCAGCAUGACAUCCCUUGAGAACAUUGAUCUAAGUAACAAUCUUUUUGAAGGUUUAUUCCCAUUUAGCUCAUUUUAUAAUCACUCCAAGCUUAAGGUGAUUCAAUUAUGGAAUGACAACAACAACAAACUUCACAUAGAAACUGAAAACCCCAGCUGGGACCCUUUGUUUCAAUUACAAGUCUUAGUAUUGUCUAAUUGUAAUUUAAACAAUCCCACUGGCGACUUUCUCAAGUUUCUCUUAGGUCAGCAUGAUUUAGAAGUUCUUUUUUUAUCCAAAAUGAAGUUGAAAGGAAGCUUCCCUAGUUGCUUGCUUAAAAACAAUACUGGACUACAAUGGUUGAAUCUUCGAGGUAACUCUUUCAUGGGUCCAUUACAUUUGCCAUCAAAUCAAAGUAUUGAUCUUAAUUUUUUGGAUGUCUCUAAUAAUAGCUUUGAUGGGCAACUUCAAGAAAAUAUAGGAAAGAUUAUUCCAAAAUCAGAGACUCUAAUUUUAUCCAACAAUCAUUUUGAAGGUAGACUCCCAUCCUCAAUUAGUGACAUGAGUAGUUUGAGUGUAUUGGAUUUGUCCUCCAAUAAUUUUUAUGGAGAGUUACCAAUGGAAAUCGUUGCCAAUUGCACCUUAUUGAUGGCUUUGAGGUUAUCAAAUAAUCACUUUCAAGGUGAAUUUUUCUCAAAGCACUUCAACCUAUCCUCAUUGCAGGCUUUGGAAUUGAGCAAUAAUCAUUUCAUAGGUUCUUUUCCAGUGGUACCCUUAAAGUACUUGUGGUACAUAGAUGUUAGCAACAAUCACAUGUCUGGUACAAUUCCUAAAUGGAUAGGAGGAGGUGAAGUUUUCAUGAUAGCAUCGACUCUUAACUUGAGUAGCAACUUUUUUGAAGGUCAUAUUCCAUGUGGAGUAAGUUCAUUUGAUAUAAUAGACCUUUCUCGGAACUUACUUUUUGGAUUGUUACCGUCUUGCUUGAAUUUACAGAACGUCCUACACCUACUUUUGCAUGGGAACAAACUCACAGGGUCACUACCAAAAGCCAUUCUCAAUUCAUCAUCUCUUCUGACAUUGGACAUUAGAGACAAUAACAUUUUCGGCAAAAUUCCUGAAGAAAUUGAUGGAUUUCCAAACUUAAAAGGCCUUUUGUUGAGUGGCAAUAAUUUUAGUGGUUUGAUUCCGAAGAAGCUAUGUAGGUUAAAGAUGUUAAGCCUUAUUGAUCUUUCUAAGAACUCUUUUUCUGGGACAAUACCAUACUGUUUUAUGAACAUAGACUUUGGGAAACCAGUAGAGGGUGUUUUUUACUAUGGCAGUCGUACUUAUACAGCUUUCCUAAGUAGUCUUUUCCCAUAUAAAUCUCUUUUAAAUGUGGUUUUUGAAAUUGAAGGGUCAUUUACUUACUUCUACACUCAAGUUAAGAUUGAGAUGGUGACGAAAUACAGGUCUGACCUGUACAUGGGUCUCGUCCUUGAUAGGAUAUCAGUAUUAGACUUGUCAUCAAACAGGCUAACAGGUGAAAUCCCUCCAGAGCUAGGACAAUUAUCUUCAAUUCAUGCAUUGAACUUGUCUUACAAUCAGUUGAUAGGUUCUAUUCCAAGAACUUUCUCAAAUAUGACUCAAUUAGAAAGUUUAGACCUUUCUCACAACAAUCUCAGUGGGAAAAUUCCUUCAACAUUGACGUUUUUGAAUUUUCUCGAAAUUUUCAAUGUGGCUCACAACAACUUAUCCGGUGAACUUCCAGACAUGAAAGCACAAUUUGGAACAUUUGGAAAGAGUAGCUAUGAAGGAAAUCCAUUUCUUUGUGGUCCACCGCUGGAGAAAAGUUGUGUUAAGAUAGAUGAAUCCCCUCCGUUACCACAAGAAACUUUAGAGGCGAGUGACGGAAAAUGGUAUCAAGUUGACCUUCAAUUAUUUUUUAUAAGUUUAUCAGUAUAUUACAUUAUUUUCAUGUUAGGUGUUUUUAGUAUUUUUUAUAUUAAUCCUCGUUGGCGGAAACAAUGCUUCAACCUGGUUAAUGAUUAUAUGUACCGGUGUUAUUAUUUUGCUUUAGAUUCCCUAAAAGGGGUGUGUAAUUAG